AUGGAAAAACAUAAAUAUUUGUUAUACUUGAUUCUAUUUAAAUGUGUGUUUGUAUACACUAAAAACAGGAAAAUAUACAACUUCGCCCCAAUUCUAUCGCAAUUAAAUUCACUUAAAGUCCCUAAAAAUACACUUUUCAUGCACACCAAAAAUAAAAAUUCAAUGAAAAAUUCAUCGAGAAGUAAAAAUCUAACUUUCCAUGAGGAACCACCAGAAGACGUUUAUGAAGAAAACAGUUAUGAUUCUGAUUAUGAUGAGAAAAAUAGCCAGAAAGACAAUAAAUUUAUAAAUGAAACAAAUGAUAACGAACAUGAAACCUACAAUCAAGGGGAUGAUGAACGGGAUAAUCAUAAGGAUGAUACAUUUUCGGAUGAAUUUAACCCUAACAACUCUGGUAUAGAUAAUGUGAAAGAUCACACACAGACGAACACAUCUUUUACCAACGAUGAAUAUAAUUCAGAGGGAAUUCAGGACCAUCCAUCUAAAGAGGACGAUAAUAAGAAAAUUGUUGACGACAUUGAGAAAGAGGAACAAAUGAAGAGUAUGAAUUUUGAUACCGGUAACAUGAUGGACUCUGCAAAACAAGCGAAAGAAAACGCAGAUAAACUACUUAACGAGUAUAAAGUAGGAACGUACAACACAGAAACCAACAAACACACCCUUCCUAAAGAUGACGCUGGGAAUAUAAUAAUAACAAACACGACAACAACACCCGUGACUAAACAGGAGGAGGAAAAGGUUGACCCUUUAAAGUCAAUUCGAGAUGCCACUAUUAGUCUAUAUGAACGAGCAAAACAAAAAAACCUUCCUGUUCCAGAUCCCGGUGAUUUAUCAACUCCAGAAAAAAUAUACACAUCACUUAAUGCUCUUGAAUAUAUUAUUGACGGCUACAGGUAUACCAAAAUUGAUGUAAAUGAUAGCACAAACCAACCAGAUUUAUCAAAUGAAAAUGAUCAACCAACUGAAUCAAAGGAGUCAGAACAGUUGGCUGACGAAUCUGAAACAGACUCCAUGGAACCAGAACGAUUCCUACAGCUAAAAAAUCCCUCAGAAGAAGAUAAUGAGAAUGAUGAUGAACCCGAUUAUGAACAAAACGAUGAUAAUGAAGAUGAAGGGAAUUUUAAUAAAACUGAAUCUGAUGAUGAAAUGAACGAAUCUGAAAAUGAAUCAUAUGAGCCAGAAUCAGAUAAAACACCAAAAACGGGAACAUUAUCAGCUCACGAAGCAGUGGAGAAUUUGAAGGCUGUCUUAAAUCAGCUAUCUUCGGUACUGGAAAAGGUGGUAGAGGAUAACAUAGGAGUACGUAACGUCAUCACGAAACAAAUGAUUACAUCUGAAUAA